UUCAAAAAGUAUCAACAUUGAUAAGAAGUGAAAAAAAAUCGAGAAUCUCUCUCUCUGUAUUGAGAGAUAGAUAGAUAGAGAAAAAGAAAGAGAGAAAAAAAUCUGCUGUGAAAUUCUCUUAUCACAUUUCACAACAUUCAAAUGAUUAAAUGAUAUGAUUAUGGCUAACAACGACGACGACGACAACAACAUUAUCAUCAACAACUGUCAUCACGCCAUGAUCAAGCAACAACAACAACAACAACGAUCAGUAGCAUCGAAAAUGAUAAUGUUAAAAUCUUCAAAAAGAUCUAUUAUCAAAUCAAUUGUGCCCUAUGGUUAUCAUCUAUUUAUUUCAAUAAUUUUAUUCAACAGUCUUUUCAUCAGAAUUAUCUAUGCUGAUUCAGGUGGAACAACCAUCAAUAACAAUCAACAUGAAGAUCAUCAACGUGUUAUGGUCAAAGGUAUUGCCCAACAAUCAGCCUCAUUGCCUUGUUAUAUUGAUGAAGAAAAUUGUGGUGCCAUCUAUUUCCUUACAUGGAGUCGCCUUGAUACACGUGAUAAUCGUUGGUCAAGAAUUUGGGUCUAUUCUGAUGAUAAUGUUAAUAAAGCACUUAAUUUAUUAACUGGACGAGCAAUUUUUACCAAACAAAAAUCUGAAGCUCGUUUAGUUAUCAAUUCAUUAAAACCGUCCGAUGAAGCAUUUUAUAAGUGCGAUGUCACUUAUGUAGCCGGUAAAUGUCCAUCAUUGACUUAUGUGCAAUUGAAUAUAAUCGCCAAACCAAGCCGUUCAUGGAUUGAACAUGAAGGCGAUAUUCUAACAAAUGGUCAUCAUUUAUCAUUGACCGAAGGUGAUUAUCUUAAAUUGGCAUGUACUGUGAUUGAUGCACGACCAACACCGAUUUUAAUAUGGCGUUCGGUCGAUUCUCGUGGUCAAACAUUCGAGCUUAUUAGAUCAACAACGAAUAGUGAAUCAUUUAUUAUUACAACUGGAACAAUUUCCGGUGAUGAAUCUAAUUCUAAUUCAGUAAUGGAUCGUGCAACAUUAAUAUUGAAUAAAAAAUUAACACGUGAUGAUCUUGGUUCAAAAUAUGAAUGUCAUAUUGAACAUGAAACAAUCGAUAAUAAUACAAUGGAUAAACAUGUUGUUCUUGAUGUUAAUGUCGGUAUUAAAACAAUGGAAAUAAUCGGACCAAGUACAUCGGUACGUGAAGGCGAUAUAGCUGUGAUUGAAUGUGUGGCCUAUGGAAGUAAACCGGCUGCCGAAAUUGUUUGGCGCAACGGUUCUAGAAUAAUUGAUGGACAUUCAAUACAGAAUACUAUCGAAACAAAUAUCGAUCGAAUCACUGUCAAUAGUCGAUCAAAAUUAGAGAUUAUUGUUGGCCAUCAAGAUCAUCUGAAUCCUAUCACUUGUGAAGCAGCAAAUGUAGCAAUGCGUACGCCUAUCAAUAAAUCAACUGAAAUAUCUGUUCUUUUUGCACCAAUCGUUGUGAUGGAGCCACAAAACGGUGUAACCGUUAAUGAAUCAACACCAAUGGUAAAGAUUUAUUGUACCUAUAAGGCUAAUCCUAGCCAAUUGUUAGAAAAUGAAACCAUUUGGUUUAAAGAUGGUCGUCGUUUAGACAUGAGUGAUCGUAACAAAUAUAUCAUUGAAUCAGCAAUCAAUUCACCAACAUUAGUUAUAUUGGAUGUUACUAGAAAUGAUACUGGCCAUUAUCAUUGUACAUUGGCCAAUACAUUUGGUUCUGGUGUGCCUAAUAGUUCUAUUUACCUGAAUGUGCUUUAUCCACCUAUCGUUUCAUUGUUAGUAUAUCCUGAUCCUUCAUCAUCAAAUUAUUUGCUCAAAGAAGGUGAUGAUUUACGAAUGGUAUGCGAUAUUCAUGAUGGUAAUCCUCGAUCAGCAUCACGAAUGCGUUGGCUUAAAAAUAAUGGUGAAACUUUUAGUGAAUUAGAUGGUGAUACUAGUACGCAAAAAGAAUUGUCAUGGCUUAGUAUACCUAGAAGUUUGACAGGGAAUUAUACUUGUCAAGCAAUAAGUGAAGCAGGAGCUAGUGAUCUUAGUAAUGAAAUCGAAAUCAUUGUACAUUAUCCGCCUGGUAAAUCAAUUAUACGACUAUUGGAUGAGCCGUAUCCAAUAAAAGGAAGAAAUCUUACUUUAGAAUGUAUUGUUAAUGAUUUUGGUAGUCCUUCAGAUCAUACUGAAUAUCAUUGGGAAAAUAGUGACGGUAUGGUUUUUGAAUCUCGACAACCAAUCUUGACUAUACAGAAUGUACGUAUUGUAAAUCGUGGUAAUAUUUCAUGUUCAGCUGUCAAUGAAGUUGGUUUUGGUGCUCGAGGCCGAUUUGAAUUAAUUCCAUAUGCACCACCUCGUUUUAUCAAUUCUUUACCACCGACAAUCGGUGUUAAUGAAGAUUUUCGUAGUUCAACAUCAUUUUCAGAAUCAUCAUAUUCGAAUUAUAAUCAAAAUGAAAUGAACACUGCAUCAUGGAAUGGUAAUGGUCAAACAUAUGGUUAUAUGACUGGAAACGAUGGUAAUGGUUUAUCAAAAUCAUCAUCUUCAGAAAGUUCCGAACUGGUCACCUUAUAUUGUCGUGUAGAAUGUUUUCCAUUAUGUUCACUACAUUGGUAUCGUAAUGAUCAACCAAUUGAUAAUAGUACAAGAAGUGAAUAUCGUAUUAUUGAAGAACAGUUACCGGAAGAAUUUUUACUCAAUCGUUUUCCUGGUAUUGAAUCUACACUUACAUGGAAUAUAUCAAAAUCUGGCCGCAGCAAAUUAGAUCGUGUUCGUGAUUCUGGUACAACAUUUUCCUGUGUUUCCAGUGGUAAUCUUGUUGGACCAUCAGUUCGUUCGGAUUCUAGAUUUCAAGUUGAAUAUGCACCGGAAAAUCUACGACUAUCAUCGAUUCGUGUUGAUGUGAUUGAAAAUGAACAUUUACCCGAAAUACGUUGCGAUAGUGAUGCAUUACCCGAAGCAAGUUAUCGAUGGAUUUCAAAUUCAUUUUAUGAUAAAUUUACUGGUGUUAUUGCUGAUACAUCUAUUCUGGCAUUGAAUCGUACUAUUCAACGUGAUAGUACCGGUACAUAUACCUGUAUUGCAUCGAAUAGACAUGGUGAAAAACGUAUCGAUCUACAAAUCAAUGUUCUUUAUCGUCCAUCAUGUACUAUAUAUGAAAGUCGUACCGGAAAAGAAAAUCAAGAUGUUGUAUUAAUUUGUGAAAUAACAUUUGCCAAUCCAAGUGAUGGACUUGAAUUUUUUUGGUCAUUAAAUGGUACUGAAUUGAAUCAAACAUUUAUUGAUGAAUUAUCACAUCAAGAUGGAAUGAAAUCUAAAAUAAUAAUACCGGCAUAUGAUGAACAAUUAUUUGGUACAUGGACUUGUUCGGCAAGAAAUACAGUUGGACAAACUGAUCCAAAUUGUACAUUAUUUGUUGAUGCACCAAUCGCUGCCGAAUCGGUUCUAAAUGAUGAAUCAUUAUUGAUCAUAUCAGCCGUUAUUGUAGCCAUUAUAUUUGCCUUUUUAUUUAUAUUAUUAUGUUUAAUAUUUAUAAUGAAACGUCGUCGUCAUAAAAACGAAAAAGAUAAACGUGAAAAUCCGGAUGGAGAUCGUUCACCAACACCAAGCUCAUCGACAAGUCGUGUUUCAUCCAAUCAAAAUGAUAUUAUAAGCCAAAAAAGUCAAACAAGCUCUAAGAAAGCAACAACCGAAACUGAACGUUUAUCAUCAUCAAAUUCAUCAACAACAGCAACAAUGCCAACAUCCGGUGAUAUGUAUGAAAAUAUGAAUUUUCAUCGAAAGCCGAAUUGCCUAACAAAUCUUAAUGGAAUGGCUUCUUCUUAUUAUCAUCAUCAUAAUCCAAUGCUUCCACAAUCAUCAUCACCAGUUACAGCUACACCUGCAACUGUUUCAUCAAUAUCACCUAUUCCUCCUACCUAUGAUAAUGCAACCAAAUCAUUCAAUAAUACUAUUGAAGCUUUUCGUCGUACUCAAUCGGCAAGAUUCCCAUCGAAUCAGGUAAAAUUAACUUGCUUUAUAUAG